CACACACACACACACACACACACACCCCGCCGAUCUCAGCAUUACACACACACACAGAGAGGAAGACUUGGAAGGGAAGAAGCACACUGCAGUCAGCAGAGGGGAAAAGCUUCUUAUUCUUCACGCACACACACACACAGGUUGGGUCGCUUUCGUUCCGUCACCUUGAACCAUGUGGCUUCGUCGCACAUAGCAUCUGGAGAGAGAGAGAAAAGGGGAAGGGAGGGAAAAAAAUGGGGAAGCCCUGAUUCCAUAUGGUUUUCCAUUAUUAAUAUUUAGCCAAGUCCUCCAGAGUUGAUCUUGAGAGCAGAGCAGAGUCCACCUGCCGUCCAUCCCCACAGGAAUGGUGGAUCACUUGCCGCUUGGUGAGGAGACCUUCCUGUACUACAAUGGCCGCAACGGCGGCGGGAGGUUGUCGCCGGGCGUCGUGGUGACCGACGCCGGCGUCUACCGGCCCCUUCACCCGUACCAAGAGGUGUCGUCGUCUUCGCCGGGGCUCUCCGAGGAUGACCUCAGCAUGUCCUCGAGUCCCCGGUCGUCGCUGUGCUCCAGCCCGGAGUCGUCGUCCUCGCCGGAAUCCCACGCCCACGCCGGCUCGUCGGGGGGCGAGAGUCAAGACAGCCUGCUGGAUCUCCUCCUCUCGCAGGGCAUGAGCGCCUCCACCGGCUCGCUGUCCUUACCGCCUUCGUCCUCGCCCGCCGCCCCGUUUUUGCCGAUGGGCCUGGCUUGGGAGUCCAAGAGGAACCAGAGGAUGGGUCUCCUUCAGCAUCAAGCCAAAGAGGACUAUUGCGAGUUCCCGGUUUUCCUGGACGAGCUGCAGGAUCCGUCGGCGCUCCUCUUCCAGCCCACCCUGGAGGAGAUCGAAGAGUUCCUGGAGGAGAACAUGAUGGCGGCCAUGGAGAAGGAGGACGAGGGGAGCGACGAGGCCAUGUCGUCGACGACGGAGGACUCGGAGGCCGAAAGCACAAAGACGAUACCGAGGGAGGUGUUGCAGAACUCGGAUCAGACUGUACCAGUAGCGCUUUCGCCGCCGUCCUCUUACCGAGAGACCAAACAGACGCGACAUGCAGCCAACGUGGACCUAACAGUUGAUGCUAGCUGCAGCGGUGGCGAUGGGAUCAAGCAGGAAGACUGUGGAUCUCCUUCAGCGUCCAGAGAAGGCGCCAGCGCCGCCUCCGGUGUGCCGGUCAUCCUGCAGAUCCAGCCUAUUCAGAUCAAACAAGAGGCUCAAGCCAGCGCCGUCUCGGACCCUCGAACCCAGGAAGCUCACCCCCAGAACGGUGCGUCGGAUAUCAAGAUCGCCCAACUCCUGGUCAACAUCCAGGGCCAAACCUUUGCCUUGGUGCCUCAGCUGCUUUCCCCGGCGAACAUUGCCUCGGCCAGCAAGACGUCCUCCAAGUUUGUACGGAUCGCGCCGGUGCCCAUCGCCGCCAAACCCACAGGGCUCGGGGACGGCGGGUUGGGCGGCGGGGCGGCCCCCGGGGUCCUCAGCGGUGGUCAGAGGUACCAGAAGAGCGCCGUGGCAGACCUUAUUAAAAUGCACAAGUGCACUUUUCCGGGCUGUAAUAAGAUGUACACCAAAAGCAGUCACCUCAAAGCCCACCUGAGGAGGCACACGGGGGAGAAGCCUUUCGCCUGCACGUGGCCCGGCUGUGGAUGGAGGUUCUCCCGAUCGGACGAGCUGUCCCGACACCGGCGCUCCCACUCGGGAGUCAAACCGUACCAGUGCAUCGUCUGCGAGAAGAAGUUUGCCCGCAGCGACCACCUUUCCAAACACCUCAAAGUCCACCGCUUUCCACGGAGCAGCAGGACAGGGCGCUCUACCAACUGACCCUCGCCCCGUCCCGCCCCUGACGGACUAUAAGCGAAGGGGGGCGGGCGAUUGUGUGGUGACGAAAGGAGGACGAGACACUCUUUUUGAAGGACGGACGUACUGUGAUCAUUUUGGAAAAAAAAAAAAAGAAAAAAAAAGACUUAAAGAAGGUACAAAAUGUUACUUGACACACAAACAAACCCUCACAAGUAGAAUAAGCUUCUUGUUGUCUCAUGCAAGCCAAUCACAAGUCAAAUUGUCUAUUCAGAGUAUUUUUUACUGUUUAUUGUACUUGCCUUAGAGAACACUUCUUGCCUUUCUGGAGCCAAAUGUUGCCAAACAACAUUUAUGCAUUUAAUAUAAUGGACGUGAGGACUGCUGUGGCCUUAAUGCCCCCUGCUAAGUACACAACUGUCAAGGUUUUCCUUGCCCCCGUCGCCAAACAACAGAUGCUAUGGCAAAACUAACCCAACCAACGUCAAAAACGAAUGCACUAUUGGUCGGGGUGAGGGGCAAGAAACCUAUUGAGCUCAUGUUUCCCAAUUUUUUUCCGUUAGAGGGAAUUUUUCCUUGCCUCUGUCGCCAAACAAGAGAUGCUAUAGCAAUAUAAUUGGCAUGAAUUUUGCAAUUAAUCAGUCAAAACUAAGGAAAACAAUUUCGAAAUGGACCUAGCACUCCAAUGGAUGAUGUUUCUUCUUUAGAAAGAGUUUUUCCUUGCCUCCGUCACCAAACAACAGAUGCUAUGGCAAAACUAACCCAACCAACUUCAAAAAUGGAUUCAGUAUGGUCGGGGUGAGGGGCAAGAAACCUAGUGAGCUCACGUUUCCCAAAGUGUUUUCGUUAGAGGGAGUUUUUCCUUGCCUCUGUCGCCAAACAAGAGAUGCUAUAGCAAUAUAAUUGGCAUGAAUUUUGCAAUUAAUCAGUCAAAACUAAGGAAAACAACUUCCAAAUGGACGUACCACUCCAAUGGAGGAUGUUUCUUCCUUAGAAAGAGAUUUCCUUGCCUCCGUCGCCAAACAACAGGUGCUACUGCAAUACAAUUGGCAUGACUUGGCAGUAAAAAAAUAACCAAACCAACUUCAAAAUGGAUGCACUAUUGCUCAGGGUGAGGGGCAAUAAACCUAUGGGAGUGUUUCCUUGCCUCCGUUGCCAAACAACAGGUGCUAUUGCAAUACGAUUGGCAUGGCUUGGCAACACGUCAGUGAAAACUAACACAACCAACUUCAAAAUGGAUGCACUAUUGCUCAGGGUGAGGGGCAAGAAACCUAUGGGAGUGUUUCCUUGCCUCUGUUGCCAAACAACAGACGCUAUAGCAAUAGAAUUGGCAUGAAUCAGCAAUUAAUCAGUCAAAACUAAGGAAAACAACUUCGAAAUGGACCUAGCACUCAACUGGAUGAUGUUUCUUCAUUAAAAACAGUUUUUCCUUGCCUCCGUCGCCAAACAAACGGUGCUAUUGCAAUACGAUUGGCAUGGCUUGGCAACACGUCAGUGAAAACUAACACAACCAACUUCAAAAUGGAUGCACUAUUGGUCAGGGUGAGGGGCAAGAAACCUAUGGGAGUGUUUCCUUGCCUCUGUCGCCAAACAACAGACGCCAUAGCGAUAGAAAUGGCAUGAAUUAGCAAUUGAUCAGUCAAAACUAAGGGAAACAACUUCAAAAUGGAUUUAGGUCGAGGCAGACAGACACCCCACUGGAUGAUAUUUCCUCAUUAGAAAUAGUUUUUCCUUGGCUCCGUCGCAAGAAACCUAUUGAGCUCAUGUUUCCCAAAGUUUUGUCGUUAGUGGCAGUGUUUCCUUGCCUCCGUCGCCAAAAUACCGGUGCUAUUGCAAUACAAUUGGCAUGACUUGGCAACACGUCAGUGAAACCUAACCCAACCAACUUCAGAAUGGAUGCACUAUUGGUCGGGGUGAGGGGCAAGAAACCUAGUGAGCUCACGUUUCCCAACGUUUUUUCGUUAGAGGGAGUUUUUCCUUGCCUCUGUCGCCAAACAAGACUAGCUAUAGCAAUAUAAUUGGCAUACAUUUUGCAAUUAAUCAGUCAAAACUGAGGAAAACAACUUUGAAAUGGAUUCAGUAUGGUCAGGGUGAGGGGCAAGAACCCUAUUGAGCUCAUGUUUCCCAACGUUUCUUCGUUAGAGGGAGUUUUUCCUUGCCUCUGUCGCCAAACAAGACAUUUUACAUUUGCAAUACGUCAGACACAACUAACUACCAAAUUCAAAAUGGAUACUCUAUGGUGCAGGGAAAGAGGCAAGAACCCCAUUGAUCAAAAGAGAGUUGUUUUCUUGUGGUUUUGGUCUUGUGACAUGGUCCCUGCUCGCCCUGGGACUGCUAUGUUUCUGCCGACAAUGUGAAAGUCAGCACUUUUUAACAAGUAAGAGGUUUGGUCUACGUUUCGAGAGCAAUACCUCUAUUGUUUUUUAUUGACACCCACCACACACAUUAAAGGCAUAAAUCAGCUGCAUUAGAACGUGUUCGUACAUUUGUCUUUGGAUUUAUUGCAGCUGUUGGCCGACGUCCGAGCAAGAACUCUAGUGCUUUUAAACAUAUCGAAGACAACACCAAUACGGUCCUGUCUUAGGCCUUAACAACUUGUUGCUCUUCGAACAUAACAAAGUAAGUCGUCUAAAUCGGGGUAAGACACCUAUUGGUUUUUAACGUGAGACAACUAUCGGACAGUUUUAGAAGAAGAAAACUAUUGAUUUUGAAAAGAUCUACUUGUUUCUUUUCAGCAUCCUUCAAACCAAAGCUAGGCAAGUUAAGGCUCGGGGGCCACAUGCGGCCCGUUAAGCUUUCCAAGCUGGCCCGCUGGACAUUACCAAAUCAUUUUCAAGAUCUUUAAGGUGGGAACUCAAACUACCAUUAUGAUGUGCGGUGAUGUUUUCUAAUGGCCGUAAGUCUGCAACUAUACAAACUAUUUCAAUAGUUGGAAUCUGUACUUUUGCAUGAUAUUUUAGUGACUAGUGUCCUGAUACCAAUAUUAUUUUGAUACUUUUUGGUACUUUUCGAUACUUUUCUAAGUAAAGGGGACCAGAAAAAAAUUGCAUUAUUGGCUUUAUUUUAACAAAAAAAUCUUACCAUACUGCCUUUUCAGAGGCAGUAUGGUACCGAAUAUGAUUCAUUAGUAUCGCGGUAGUAUACUAAUACCCGUAUACUAGAGAUGUCCGAUAAUAUCGGCCUGCUGAUAUUAUCGGCCGUUAAAUGCGUUAAAAUGUAAUAUCGGAAAUUAUCGGUAUCGGUUUUUUUUUAUCUGUAUCGUUUUUUUUUUGUUGUUGUUGUUUUUUUUUUGUUUUUUUAUUAAAUCCACAUAAAAAACACAAGAUACACCAAGCCAAAAAACCUCCCUCCCCCAUUUACACUCAUUCACACAAAAGGGUUGUUUCUUUCUGUUAUUAAUAUUCUGCUUCCUACAUUAUAUAUCAAUAUAUAUCAAUACAGUCU